UUCUGGCCUUUUUGGCUUUGGUGGCUUCCUUCAAGUGGCUCUGUGGUGUGUGCAGCCUCCUGGUUCUGCUCCCUCCAGCCAUGACUCACAGAGUCCUUCUGUUAACAGCCUUGGCCUUAUGUCAUGGGUUCAACCUGGACACUGAAAACGCAAUGAUCUUCCAAGAGAACGCAAGGGGCUUCGGGCAGACCGUGGUCCAGCUCGAGGGAUCCCGGGUGGUGGUUGGAGCCCCCCAGGAGAUAAAGGCUGCCAACCAAACAGGUGGCCUCUACCAAUGUGACUACAGCACGGGCAGGUGUGAGCCCAUCCGCCUGCAGGUCCCCCCGGAGUCUGUGAACAUGUCCCUGGGCCUGUCUUUGGCGUUCGCCACCAACCCUUUUCGGCUGCUGGCCUGCGGCCCCACCGUGCACCAAACCUGCAAAGAGAACACCUAUGUGAAUGGCUUCUGCUUCCUGUUUGGAGCCAACCUAUUGCAGCAGCCCCAGAUGUUCCCAGAGACCCUCAGAGAGUGCCCUCAGCAGGACAGUGACAUCGCCUUCUUGAUUGAUGGCUCUGGUAGCAUCACCCCAAGCGACUUUCAGCGGAUGAAGGACUUUGUCUCAACUGUGAUGGAUCAAUUCGAAAAGUCCAGAACCUUGUUCUCUUUGAUGCAGUACUCUGAAGACUUCCAGACUCAUUUCACCUUCAAGGAUUUCGCUAACAACCCUAACCCGAGAGCGCUGGUGAGGCCCAUAAGACAGCUGUUUGGGAGGACACACACUGCCACAGGAAUCCUCAAAGUAGUAAAAGAACUGUUUCACAGCAGCAGUGGAGCCCGGGAGAAUGCUCUUAAGAUCUUAGUUGUCAUCACGGAUGGAGAAAAGUUUGGCGAUCCCUUGGGUUACGAGGAUGUCAUCCCUGAGGCAGACCAAGCGGGAGUCAUUCGCUAUGUCAUUGGGGUGGGAGAUGCCUUCAACAGUGAGAAAUCCCGCCAAGAGCUUAAUACCAUUGCGUCCAAGCCAUCUCGUGAUCAUGUGUUCCGAGUGAAUAACUUUGAGGCUCUGAAGACCAUUCAGAACCAACUUCAGGAAAAGAUUUUUGCAGUCGAAGGUACUCGGACAGGAAGUGCCAGCUCCUUUGAGUAUGAGAUGUCUCAGGAAGGGUUCAGUGCUGCCAUCACCUCUGUAAGUGGUCCUUCAUUAAAUUGGGGGGAGGGGGCUUUUACUUAUGUUAACAAAGAAAAAUGUAGGUCUGUGAGGGAAAGCACUUCUCCUCUUAGAUCACCAUCUUCAGGUUAUGCUGUCGAAGUCAUCUUGCGGAGCCCAGUGCAAAGCUUUGUUAUGGGGGCGCCUCGACAUCAGCACACUGGCCUGGUGGUGAUGUUCAAACAGAAUGCUGGUGCCUGGCAGACCAACAGUCGCAUCAAGGGCAGCCAGAUCGGCUCCUACUUCGGGGCCUCCCUGUGCUCUGUGGAUGUGGACAGAGAUGGCAACUCCGACCUGGUCCUCAUUGGGGCUCCCCAUUUCUAUGAGCAAACCCGGGGGGGCCAAGUGUCUGUGUGCCCCUUGCCCCGGGGGAGGGGUAAGUGGCAGUGUGAGGCUGUUCUCCGUGGGGAGCAGGGCCACCCCUGGGGCCGCUUUGGGGCAGCCCUGACAGUGCUGGGGGAUGUGAAUGGGGACAAGCUGAUGGAUGUGGCCAUUGGGGCCCCAGGAGAGCAGGAGAACCAGGGUGCCGUCUAUCUAUUUCACGGAACCUCACGACGGGGCAUCAGCCCCUCCCACAGCCAGCGGAUUGCAGGCUCCCAGCUCGUCCCUAAGCUCCAGUAUUUUGGUCAGUCAUUGAGUGGGGGCCAGGACCUCACAAUGGACGGACUGGUGGACCUGGCUGUAGGGGCCCAGGGGCGUGUGCUGCUGCUCAGGUCCCAGCCAGUGCUCACAGUCGAGGCGACCAUGGAGUUCACACCUACGGAAGUGGCAAGUAAUGUGUUUGAAUGUCGUGAUCAGGUGGUGAGAAAUCAGACUGCUGGGGAGGUCAGAGUCUGCCUCCGUGUCCACAAGAGCACACGGGACCGGCUGAGAGAAGGAGAGAUCCAGGGCAUCGUCACAUACGACCUGGCUCUGGACCCAAGUCGCCAAAAACGCCGGGCCGUCUUUGAUGAAACAAAGAACAGCACACGCAGACAGAUACAGACCUUGGGUCUGAAUAAGAAAUGUGAGACUCUGAAGCUACAGAUAGAGAAUUGUGUAGAGGAUCCAGUGACCCCCAUCGUCCUGCGCCUGAACUUCUCUCUGGUGGGGAAGCCCUUGUCCUCUUUUGGGAACCUCCGGCCAGUGCUGGCUGUGGACGCUCAGAGAUUCUUCACAGCGUCGCUUCCCUUUGAGAAGCAUUGUGGCAAUGACACGAUCUGCCAGGAUGACCUCAGCAUCACCUUCAGUUUUGUGAGCCUGAACACCCUGGUGGUGGGUGGUCCCCGGGAAUUCAAUGUGACAGUGACUGUGAAAAACCAGGGUGAGGACUCCUACAGGACUCAGGUCACCUUCUUCUACCCGUCUGGCUUGUCCUAUCGGAAGAUGUCAGGGAUCCAGAACCAGCUCUCACAGCGAUCCUCGUGCCUGAACUGUGACUCUACCUCCACCGAAGAGCCUGGGGCCUUGAAGAACUGCAGCUGCAACAUAAACCACCCCAUCAUCCCAGACAACUCUGAGGUCACCUUUAAUAUCACAUUUGAUGUGAACUCUACUGCAUCUCUUGGAAACAGACUACUCCUCAAGGCCAGUGUGACCAGUGAGAACAACAUGCCCAGGACCAACAAAACUGAAUUCCAGCUGGAGCUGCCUGUGAAAUACGCUGUCUCCAUGGUGGUCACCAGCCGUGAGGUCUCUACCAAAUAUCUCAACUUCACAGCCUCAAAGGACAUCAGCCGCAUUAUAAACCAUGAGUAUCAGUUCAAAAACUUGGGGCAGAGGAGCCCCCCCAUCAGUGUGGUCAUCUGGGUCCCCAUCCAGCUGAACCAGGUGGCCGUGUGGGACCACCCCCAGCUUACCUUCUCUCAGAACCUUUCCAGUACGUGCCACACCGAGGUGAGGGAACCUCCUGUCUCUGACUUCCUGGCAGAGCUUAAGAAGACCCCAGUGCUGAACUGCUCCAUUGCUGUCUGCCAGAGAAUCCAGUGUGACAUCCCGUCCUUUGGCAUCCAGCAAGAAUUCAACAUCGCCAUCAAAGGCAACCUCUCGUUUGACUGGUAUAUCAAGACUUCGCAUAACUACCUUCAGGUUGUGAGCACAGUGGAGAUCUUGUUUAAUGAUUUGAUAUUUGCCCUGCUUCCAGGACAGGAGGAAUUUGUGAGGGCUCAGACGGAGACGAAAGUGGAGCCGUAUGAAGUGCAUGACCCUCUACCGCUUAUCGUGGGCAGCUCGGUGGGGGGGCUGGUGCUCCUGGCCCUCAUCACUGCCGGAUUGUACAAGCUUGGCUUCUUCAAACGGCAGUACAAGGACAUGAUGAGUGAAGCUUCGCCAUCCCAGUAACGGCUCCUUCCCCACUGAGUGGCCUCUCCUGCAGCAGGCAAGACUUUGGUUAGACCAACAGCAGGUCCCCAGACUGCUGGACAGACACAUCCAUUAGGAGAGGGGGGCGGUGAUGUCUCACUCAGGAAAGACCUGCUUGGGUUUCCAUUCGUGUGUGUGUGCAAGUGUGUGCAUGAGUGUUUGUGUGAGUUGUGUGUGUGACUCAGAUGUCUCUUGCAUGGGGACAGGUGCAUUCAGCACAACCUCUCAGGCGGAAGGGAAUUGCUUGGGCUUCUUUGUGUGUGGGUGAAGGUGCCGUUGGGCCUUCCUCUGGGACAGAGGUGAUGGCAGCUCUUGUGGGUGAACAGAAAGGGAGAUGCAACAGAUCCUCUCCCUGCUGGAGGAAGUGAGACCUCCUAUUGUGAGUGAGCACGCAGACCUGCAGCAGCCUGUGCAGCUGGGACUGAGACCACAUGGAGAAGCCGUGAUGGAACCAGGAUCUGGUCAGCCAAGAGGGGCCUGUCCAACUCAUUCCACACUAGAGCUAAAUACGUCCAAUGAGCAAUGAUGCACCUCCCUUUAUCCAUUUAUUUACUAUUUUAAUGUUACUCUUAUUUUUUGAAUGGAUAAAACUAUCACAGUACAAAAAUCAAAGAUGUGCAGGGGUGUGUGGUGAAAAGUCUCCCUUCCAUCCUGGUCCCCCCGGCCAUUCAAGUCCCUCCUAAAGGACAGUCAAGAUUAUGUGUUUUUGGGUCACACACACACACACACACACACAAGCUUUUUUACACAAACGGUAGCAUAUGUCAUUUAUACUGUUCUGCCUCUUGCUUUUUCAUUAAUAUAGCUCAGACAUUGUUACAUAUCAAGACUCAAAAUACUUUUUCAUUCUUUUAUACAGCUGCAUAGUAUUCCAUCAUGUGGGUGGAUUAUAAUGCAUUUAACCAGUCUCCUUUCGAUAUAUUAUUUCCAACCUCUCACAAUUACAAAUAAUGGUGAAUUAAUAAACUGAAUAUAUAUCA